UGGUUUCUGCAGUACUGCCAGGUCUCUACGAGUUCCUCGUACCUCCAUUGAACCAACUUGGGUGUUGGGAGACGGAGGGGAUAAGGUCUUACGAGAUUCGACCUCAUCCGGAGAUCGACGGUUCCAUCGCACACUUCGUUUUUCGCAGCCUGACAAAACAUCAUCGAUUCACUCGAUUCACUCGACGUGUCGCGAUAACCUCGACGCAUUCCUGUCCGUAACCACUGAAACCAAGACGGCAAUUAUAUGUCGAAAAUAUCACCGAACUGUCAUAAUUCGCGGCGAUAAUGGUGAGUGCUAAAAUGAAGAUGGACGUGGCGAGUUUACUGACUAGGAACCCGCUGAUGGACGAACGCGAGAGGGAGAAGAGCUUCAAGGAGUACAGCGCGAUCUUGGAUAACCUGAAGAGCUCCUUCGUAGAUAGCUGGAAGACGAAGCAAAGCGACAACGGAAAGCUGGACGAUUUCGAGCGCUUUCGCACUCUCGGGACCGGAGCUUUCGGUAGAGUCCUGCUGGUCCGACACAAGGUGACGUCCUGCUACCACGCCAUGAAGGUCCUGAACAAAGGUAAGCUCAUCAAGAUGAAUCAGGUGGACCACACGUGCAGCGAGAAGAGGGUGCUGCAGUGCCUGCGGUUCCCGUUCAUCAUGUACAUGCAGUACUACUUCAAGGAUAACUCCUACUUGUACAUGGUGUUGCCCUUCGUCAGUGGAGGAGAAAUGUUCUCACACCUGAGGAGGAUGGGCAAGUUCGAGGAGAACCUGGCGAGGUUUUACGCGGCCCAAGUAGCUUUAGCCAUCGAGUACAUGCACCAUUGCGACCUGGUUUACCGAGACUUGAAGCCGGAAAACAUACUUCUAGAGCAGAACGGCUACAUCAGGCUCACCGACUUCGGAUUUUGCAAGAUGAUAGACGGAAGAACGUGGACUCUCUGCGGGACCCCGGAAUAUCUAGCCCCUGAAGUGAUACUGUCCAAGGGAUACGGCAAACCCGUGGAUUGGUGGAGCUUUGGCAUCCUAAUUUACGAGAUGAACGCGGGAUACCCACCCUUCUAUUCCCACGAUUCCAUGAAGAUCUACGAGAAAAUCGUAGCCGGUAAAUACAGGUUCGCCAGCCACUUUGGCGACGACUUGAGGGACAUCCUGCAGAACUUCCUUCAGGUGGACCUCACCAGAAGAUUCGGGAACCUCAAGGGAGGCUGCUUGGAUAUCAAGAAGCAUCGCUGGUUCCGAAACACCGACUGGAUUAAUAUUUACAAUCAGAAGGUGGAACCUUCGUUCGUCCCUAAAUAUGGCGGACCUGGAGAUGCCUCCAAUUUUGAUAAUUACGAGGAGGAGGCUUUGACAAUAGAGUCUCAGGAUCAGUACGCGAAAGAAUUCGCUGAAUUUUAG